AUGCGGAGCGGACUUCCGUAUGGGCCCCGUCCACCUGUUCCCCCGAAGUCCUCUAGCCCCGGGAACAACGGCGAAAAACGGGUGUCGCCGUCCUUCCCUGAUCCCGGCUCUGGGCCCUCCACUCUGUUGCCCCUCCGGGAACUAGCCCCCACACAGGGGGUGGACUGUCCGUUUAUGGUUUAUGUCCCUUUUUCCACAAGUGACCUGUAUAAUUGGAAGUUACAGAAUCCUCCCUUCUCUGAAAAACUGCAAGGUUUGAUCUCAUUGUUAGAAACAAUUUUUCAUAGCCAUCGUCUGACUUGGGAUGACUGCCAGCAGCUCCUGCAGGUUCUCUUUACUUCCGAGGAGCGCGAUCGGAUUCACCUCGAGGCUCAGAAGCAGAUUCUGGGCGCAGGCGGUCAACUCACCACUGACCCGCUAAUUCUGGAAUCGAGCCUCCCAACCCAACGGCCCAACUGGGAUCCAAAUACAGUCGGUGGGGAAGGAGUGCUGAGCAGGUACCGCCAAUAUAUUCUGCAGGGUAUCCGCGGAGCAGCGCAGAAACCUACGAAUUUGUCUAAAGUAAGCGAAGUAGUUCAGGGCUCCCGGGAAUCCCCCGCUGCUUUCUUGGAACGCCUACUUGAGGCUUAUAGGCAAUACACACCCAUAGACCCUCGAGCGCCCGAGAACGCAAGGGCAAUUAACAUAGCCUUUGUCACACAAUCGGCCCCAGAUAUUAGAAAAAAGAUCCAGAAGCUAGACGGGUUUGAGGGAAAGAAUCUCAGCGAACUAGUCGAGAUAGCCCAGAAGGUUUUUAAUAAUCAGGAGGACCCAGAAGUUGCAGGCACGAAGAAACUAACCAAAGUCGUCUCAGCGACCAUGCAGGAAACUAGUGACAAGAACCGAGGAACUCCACGAAGGAAUGGGGGUCGCCCUCGCAUAGAAAAGGACCAAUGCGCCUAUUGCAAGGAGGCAGGCCACUGGAAAAACGAGUGCCCCCGUAAAAAGAGAGUGAAUCCACAGAGAAACAGCCUCCUCACUCUUGAGGAGGACUGAAGGGUCCAGGGCUCUGUCAAUUUGGGCCCCCAAGAGCCCUUGGUAACCUUAACUGUGGGGGGCCGCCCGACCACCUUCCUGGUAGAUACCGGGGCAGCCCACUCGGUUCUCCAGGAGAGGGUCAACCACCUUACUGAAGAAAAGACUCAGAUCGUAGGGGCAACGGGGCGACCCAGGGCUUACCCCUGGACUUCAGCUCGUGUGACUGAUUUAGGAAAAGGAACUAUAACCCAUUCCUUCUUGGUAAUCCCUGAAUGUCCCUUCCCCCUCCUGGGAUGAGAUCUCUUAAGAAAAUUACGAGCCUCGGUGUCAUUCCAAGAGGAUGGCACCCACCUCAGCCUGGGCUCUCCACAGCCUGCUGCCCUUCUGCUUACGGUGCCCUUGCAAGACGAGUAUCUCUUCUUCGAAAGUCAGGUGCUGGAAAGCCCCUCGGCGAUUUUAAAGGAGCUCCAAAAAGAGAUUCCGGGAGUAUGGGCUGAAAAUAACCCCCCGGGACUGGCAACUCAUCAGAUGCCCAUCGUAGUACAGGUGAGCCGUUCGGCCACCCCGUUUCGGAAGCCCCAAUACCCCAUCCCAGCCAGGGCGAAAUCAGGAAUACGUAAGCAUAUACAGAGACUGUUGGAAGCAGGAAUUCUAGUGCCCUGCAGGUCGCCAUGGAACACCCCGCUGUUGCCCGUUAAAAAGCCCGGUACUGAAGACUACCGGCCAGUUCAGGACUUACGGGAGGUAAACGCCCGAGUAGAGACUGUCCACCCGACUGUGCCAAACACUUAUACCCUACUCAGCCAGCUGCCACCAGACCGGGAGUGGUACUCGGUCUUAGACUUAAAAGAUGCUUUCUUUUGUAUACCGCUGGCACCGGUGAGCCAGCCCCUUUUCGCUUUUGAAUGGACAGAUCCGGACCAAGGGUUCUCAGGCCAACUUACGUGGACCCGGCUGCCGCAGGGGUUCAAGAACUCCCCUACCCUUUUUGAUGAGGCGCUGAGUAAAGACCUCUUCCCUUUCCGGGAAACCCACCCCGAGGUAACCCUUUUGCAAUACGUGGAUGAUUUGCUCUUGGCGGCGGAAUCCGCGCCUGCUUGUCUGCAGGCGACUCGAGACCUCUUGGCCGCUCUAGGCUCCAUGGGGUAUCGAGUUUCGAUAAAGAAGGCACAAAUAUGUAGUCAGAAGGUGACCUAUUUGGGAUACAAUCUAAGCGGGGGGAAAUGGACACUGUCAGCCAGCCGAGUCCGAGUAAUCCAGAAUAUUCCCAUGCCUACGACCAAACGACAAGUCAGGGAAUUCUUGGGCAAGGUGGGGUACUGCCGGCUGUGGAUCCUCGGCUUUGCCGAGAUAGCAAAACCCCUCUAUACCAGCACGGGAGGAAAAGGUGACUCCCUCAUGUUGACUGAGAUUGAGCAAUCAGCAUUUCAGGCUCUUAAAACGGCUAUUACCACAGCCCCUGCUCUAGCCCUACCCGACCUUAAGAAACCCUUCCAGCUCUUCGUGGUCGAGGCUCGAGGUAUAGUGAAGGGGGUUUUAACCCAGACUUUGGGACCAUGGAGACGGCUGGUUGCAUAUUUAUCAAAACGACUAGACCCAGUAGUGGUGGGGUGGCCCACUUGCAUGAGGGCCAUCGCCGCGACAGCAGUCCUGGUGAAAGAGGCUAAGAAACUGACCCUGGGCCAGGACCUCCAAGUUAUUGGGGCACACGCCGUGGAAACCCUCCUCAGCAGCCCUCCGGAUCGGUGGAUCUCCAACGCCCGAGUGACUCAGUACCAGGUACUUUUAUUAGAUCCCCUGUGGGUCACCUUUUCAAAGGCAGCGAUCCUUAAUCCAGUGACCCUACUGCAAGAUGAUCAACCCGAAAGUCCCACACAUGAUUGUGCUGAGAUCCUAGACUCCCUGUCUAGCACCAGACCAGACCUGACGGACAUUCCGCUGGGACAGCCAGCCCUCGAUUUGUUUACAGACGGGAGCAGUUUCAUCAAGGACGGGAUUCAGUAUGCGGGUGCAGCGGUAGUCACCAGUUCUGAGGUAGUAUGGGCACAGGCUCUAGGGCAUGGCACGUCAGCACAAAAGGCAGAGCUCAUCGCCCUGACACAGGCUCUCCGGUGGGGGAAGGGAAAAGCUCUCAACAUUUAUACGGACAGCCGAUACGCUUUCGCCACGGCUCAUGUCCAUGGAGCAUUGUAUAAGGAACGAGGGCUGCUAACCUCUGGAGGGAAGGACAUUAAGAAUGCAAACGAGAUUAUGUCCCUCCUGGAAGCCAUUUGGCUACCUGAACAAAUAGCUAGAAUUCAUUGCCCUGGGCAUCAACGGGAUGGCUCGGCGGUCUCACGGGGAAAUAACUUCGGGGAUAAAACCGCAAAAGAGGCCGCCAUGAGACCAGUAGGGGCUCUCGAAAUUCUCUCAGUCCAGAUGCCGGCACGGGCCCUCCUGGAAUGACCAAACUACUUGAAGGAAGAUAUCGAACUGGGCAGGAAGCUGCAGUGCUCGGAGACUGAGGCGGGAUGGCUGAAACAUCCCGAUGGAAGGAUCUUCCUUCCCCAAGCAUUGGGGCGGGAUCUUCUCCAGACCCAUCGAGCCACACACUUGGGAACAGCCCGACUCUGCCAGCUAUUCAGACCCCAUUUUUACCUGCCCGGACUAUCGACUCUGGCCGAUUCCAUAACCUCCGGGUGCGCCUCCUGUGCGAAAGUUAAUGCUGGUCCUAACCGCUCCUCUACCACCCCUGGCAUUCGCCUCCGCGGGUCCCAGCUGGGAGAACACUGGGAAAUAGACUUUACUGAGGUAAAACCUACCCGAGGUAGGUAUCGCUAUUUACUGAUCUUCAUCGACACCCAUUCCGGGUGGGUUGAAGCGUUCCCUACGAAGGGAGAGACAGCCUCGAUCGUUGCCCGGACCCUCCUGCAUCAAAUUUUACCUAGAUUUGGGGUACCCCUAGCUUUGGGUUCAGAUAAUGGUCCGGCAUUCAUUGCCAAAACUUCCAAAUUGGUAGCAAAAGUGCUAGGAAUUGAUUGGAAACUGCACUGUGUGUAUAGACCACAGAGCUCAGGACAGGUAGAGAGGAUGAAUAGAACAUUAAAAGAAACUUUAACAAAAUAUACUCUUGAAGUUGGCGGUCCCUGGACAGACCUCCUUCCGUUUGCCCUCCUACGCACGUGAUGUUCUCCGUUUAAGAACGGUUUCACACCUUUUGAAAUUAUAUUUGGGCAGCCGCCUCCUCUGCUACCCCGCCUGAUGGAGGAAACGCGCGCCAAGUUGUCUAACCACAACUUGUUUGAGUCCCUGCAGGCCCUCGAUCGUGUCCGACAUGAUAUCCGCCGCCAGGUUCAGUCUAACAUGGGCGGGACUAGCGAGGCGCCGAAGCCCGCGGCCGAUCCUCCCCCACGCGUAAAUCCGGGAGAUUGGGUCUGGCUAAAGAACUUUCACCCUGUUACACUAGGUGUCCGGUGGCUAGGACCCUCCCAGGUGAUCCUCUCCACUCCCAUGGUGGUACGACUGGCCGAAAAACCCCACUGGAUCCACGUGACACAGAUAAAGCCUGCUUCGCCAGUCCUCUCGGAAAAAUGGACGACGCACCAAACCGGAAACCCUCUGCGGGUCAAGUUGAGAAGGGUCUCUUCCGGGCAGCCUUCCUGAUUCUUCUCGCCCGCCCAAUAGGCUGCCCUCGCCCAAACCCACACCAGCCACUCACCAUGGAAUGGACACUGCGGACUGAUUGGCAGGCUUCCCCGCCAGUAGUAACCAUCCUGACUCACAUCUACGACGCCUCCCCAGAAUUCCACAUAGAACUCUGCCAACUCUUUCCGCCCGGGUGGACCAACCCGGGCCUCCUUUCGGCGAACGUAAGGGGGGGGUACGCCUGCUUUUGGGUCAUGGGUAUAGACCUGAUGCCUUAGCAGAGAAACUAGUGCAGGAGCAAUAUUAUGGCUGCCCAUCAGAUGGGAGCCCCGCGUGCGGUGGCGCGCCCAAAUUCUACUGCGCCUGAUGGGGCUGUGAAACUUUUGCUACCUGGUUGGAAGGCAAAAAUAAGGAUUCUUGGCUCACAGUAAGAAGGAUGCAUGCCAGUCAAGCGAGGAGCGGAAAACGUAACCCCAUGAGCAUUAGGGUAAAACGGGGCAGGGAGGAUUCUUGGAUAAAAGGCAAAACCUGGGGACUGCGCUUAAAUCUGUACGGUCCCGAUCCAGGCAUACUUUUCACAGUGCAGAAACGGGUUAUCGCAAGACCCUGGGGCCCGGUGGGACCUAACCGGGCCCUUCCCCGCCCUCAGAUCCCUGCUCAGUGCAUCCCUGAUGCUCACACACAGCGUGCUCCGGAACAAGCUGCUGGCCGACCUUCAUCCAGCCGCUCAUUUACACUAGUAUCCGCAGUUUUUGAAGUCCUUAACAGGACCAAUCCAAAUAUUACCGAAACCUGUUGGUUAUGCCUGAGUCCUCAGCUGCCUUUUUACACGGGAGUAGGAGUGAAUGUGUCCUUUUCCGCCCUUGCUAAGAUCUCCUAUUCGGAAAACUACAGGAGCGCCUGCCCGUGGGGGCUCCACCCCUCUAUAACGUUAGAGGAAUUCUCAGGUCAAGGGACCUGCGUUACGGGUCCCAAUGGGCCCCGUAAGAAUCCACGAUGUGCGGCUACCUUACUCCUUACCCCCACAGCACGCCCCUACCUCCUAGCAGCCCCGAAUGGGACUCUUUUCACCUGCCGAUCAGGCCUUACCCCAUGCAUUUCCUCCACCCUUCUCCUAAAACCCAACGGUUCUGCAGCUACACCGGCUCCUCAGUCGGAUCUUUGUAUUCUUACUCUUGAGCUCCCGAAGGUUUUUCUUACCUACGGAGAUAUGACCCCCGGGGCUGCUCCCACGAAUUCGCGCAUCCGGCGCGCUAUGCCCCUCCUCGCUCCUCUUUUAACCUGACUGGGCAUCGCAGGCUCAGCAGCAGUCGGGGCUGGCGCCUGGAUGAAAGGCAGCCAAGAUAUAUUCCAUCUCUCUGAACAAGUUGAUAAAGACUUGCAGGAGCUUCACGGCUCCAUUAAAUUCUUGGAACGAUCCCUUGACUCUCUCGCGGAGGUAGCCCU